AUGAGUCAAGAGAAAGAAACUCUUCGAAAAAUCCGUGUUGAAGUUCUCAAGGCGAUGGAUAUGUUUUCCGUCGACAACACGCCUGGAGAGGCUUAUUUGACAAUGAGUGUCGGGAAGAACUCGAAAAAGAUGAAACUUCCUCGUUUUACUAUAAAUAUGGUUUUAAAACCUAUAACAAAUACCGUUUUAUUUAAUGGAGUAGAGAAUGAUGUUCGGACCUUAGACAUUGAAUUUCAGAAUAAAGAACGGAAUAAACCGAUUAAGACUUAUACCGCUAUGAUCCCCUUCACUGAUUUAGUCUAUGACAAACAAUACAAAUAUGAGAUCAAAUUAAAUCGAGUUGAGAUCUCCGAGGAGAUUGACAAGAUAGUGACAAGUGACAAAGAGAGAGAAAAAGAGAAAGAAAAUGACAGAAAUUUACAAUCUCAAUACACUGACGGAAUAUACCCUACACUUACGCUACUUUUUUACCUGUUCCAAGAAACAGAAAAAGACUCGGAAAAGGUCUUAAGUAAAGAGGAAUACCCCCUCAUCGGUGCCGUCCAACGAAAAAGUCUUUAUUUAGUCCUUUCUUGUGUCGAAAAUGGGAAGUACUUUGUCAACCAAAAAGAUCAACUUGGCAACACCGCGAUGCACAUCGCGGCUUCCGUACACAACGAAAACAUCAUACUGUCCUUAUUAAAUAAUAGUCGCGUCGACGUCACGUUGUGUAACACGGACUUAAACACUCCUCUCCACUUGUUCUGCGCCUUCUUCCCAAACCCAAACUGCGCCGAAGCCUUUCACCUCUUCCUUCGACGAGGCGCCGACUUGAACGCGCGGAAUAAGACCGGCGAAACCCCGUUACAUCGCGCCGUUCAGAACCACAACAUCCCACUGUUACUUGUCGAGUUGUUAUUAAAGAACGGCGCAAACAUCGACGCGAAGACGCAGACGGGGAUGACGGCUUUACACUGGGCGACGUACAACUAUCAAGUCGAUUUGUUGUCGCUGCUCUUGUUAUACGGCGCCAACGUCCACGCGGAGAACAAAAAUCGCGAGACGCCGCUGUCGAUCUGCGAGACGAAGAUCAUGGGAACGCCAUUCUCGCGCAUGUUCUUCUAUAUCAGAGACUUAAUGAAGUACUUACAAACGAUUGGCGCAGAGUCUAACUCCAUUCGUAUUCUUGUGAUGAAGAAAAUGUUCAAGUGGAAGCUCAGUAAACUGACGCCGCGUCUGUUGUUCCAAAUGGGGAUCACCGAGAACUCGGAGCAAAUGAAGUUGAGUAAAAACUUCAAGACGUUGAAGGAGAUGGACCCCGAGAAAGAGAUGGUUGAAAACUUCGUGAAGACAAAGACGGGGGACGUCAACAUGAUGACUGUCGAACAGAAGAUUAAAGUGAUGAACGACUUAAUAGUCCUGAAAGAAGCAAAAGACUCGAGCGUGUAUAACACAGUUGUUGAAUCGUUGAAACAUGAAGAGCCGUUGAGUGUAUUACAACUCCUCAUCUCUGACGAGUUUGUUGGGUUCUUAAAGAGCGGAGAGAAGCUCGACGAAGUCAAGAGUAAUUUGAUCGACUUAGUCGUCGGAUUACUCGGGACUGUCGCCGAGGAGAAGAAAGAGACGGCAGUACAACUGCUGACCAGUCAAAAAGAGAGUGUUGGGAUGUUGCACAUCUGUGCCAAGACCAUGAACGUUUUACCAUUAAAGUCGUACUUCAUCUCAAAAUUCGAGCAAUUCCUCAAACUCAAAGAUGAGGCUAAAAACGUGUUAUGUGAAGCGAUUAAAAUCCUCAAAGACGAUUACUUCGGGAUGAAAGAAGUGUUAGAGAAAAACAGAGAAGUCAUCGAUUCACUAAAAGACGUGAUUCCUGAAGAAGUCACUACUAUCGACAAUUUACUUGAGUUUGUUCUCCUUUUCUUGCAUUUUAUAAGAAUACUUUGA